AUGGCAGCCACUUCCUUAGCUACGAAUACAUCGGGGAGGAAAGAUGAGGUGCGGUUGAAGACAAACUCAGCGGUUGGGACCCUUUUCCAAAGGAUUUUCUACCAGAGAGAACGUGUGAUGGCAAAAGAAGGCGAGAAUGCGGUUGUGGAAAUGUCGUAUGUUAUGGGGAGGUAUCCUACAGAGGCUAUCUCUGGAGCAGAUCAUGAAGGUAUGGUGGACGUAGAUGCCACAAGUUAUAUGAAGAUUUUUCUGUCGAAACAUUGGGUACAAGCAGCAUAUUUUCUGGGUCCAAAAACGAUCAGAGAAUCCUUACUGGAUACACCUUUGUCACCUCUAGUUGCCAUUGAAUAUGUACUCAGCAAGCAAGAACAGCCACUACUUGGAUCAGAGAAGAAAGGUGCCCCGAUUAUUAAGGUGUUAAAGGCAGUCUCCAAGUAA